AAAGAACAUUAUUAUUAGCACACCAGUCCAUUACAAGUUAUACAGAGUUAUGGCGAACAAGUGAUAAAAAAACAAAUGAGAAAAAGCAAAAAUGAAACAUUUAACAGUGUCACACGUGUUUCUAUUGCAUUUAUUUGUAAAAAUGUAUCCGAUUGUGCAGAGCUAUAAUUACAACCAAAUUAUUUUAUGCACGACUACGUUUAAACUUGACAGUAUUGAAAAAUCAUUUGUGGAUGUGGCCAAAGGUUUGGGUUAUAAAUAUGAAAUUAAAAGAAGCGCCUGUGAUUUGGAAGAAAUAUUAAUGUUCAGUAAAAAUUUCAGCAGCAUAGUCAUCAGUUUUAAUGUAUUUAAUUUUGGUAAUGUCAACGAUUCUGUAAUGAAUGAACUAGAAAACCUUAAAGACAUUAUGUUAGAGCGCUACAGUAAUUUAAAUGAUAGUAUAGACAUGUGUGAUGAGGAAAACCAUCAAAUUGAUGCAUACGGGAGAGGCUGCAAGGAUGCAGAAUUUAAUCUCAAAACAAAGGCCUUUAUAGGCUCUGUCGAGAAACACAUAGAUCUUUAUAAUGUUUUUAGAACUAUAACAGAUAAUAACGAUAACAAUUAUAGAAAAAAAAUUGUGGUUUGCACAGACUAUUGCCACUCUGUGGACAGAGACUAUGAACAAUUUAGCGUUUUUUGUCAAUCAUGUGAUAUAGAUUUAGAUUGCUAUGAGAAUACAAUAGCUUAUGUUGUACCGUCUCCUGAGAAGGCAGGGACGCCAUGUUUUGAAGACGUACCAGUUAUAUUUUAUGAUACUUUGUACAUCGAACCAAAGUCUGAAGAAUAUACAGAAUUUGACUACGAAAUAAGUACAUCGACUUUGCACUGGAAAGUAAUAUCAAAAAUUACGAUUGAUUACGUUAUACGUCAGCGCAGAUGGAAAAGGGCUGCAAUAAUAUCAGAUGAUUCUCCUUUAAGUACAAGAUUGACAAAUGAUCAAACAUUACAUUUUACAAAAUGGGAUAUAUUGUAUACUGUCCGUUACUGUUCUGAGAUUGGAGAAUUUGACGAGGCACUAUCAUUAUUUAAUGAAUUUAAUGUCGCUGUUAUAAUUGUAAAUGUUGCCAAGGAAAACUUAGCUAAGUUGAGAAGAAGCGCACAUACCUUAAGAAUGGCCUACAAAGAUGUCGUUUGGAUUUUCCCAAGACACCACAGAAAUUAUAUCAAGCACUUCAAGUACAGAUCUUUCGUAAACUUAACACAAAGUUACAUGGACGCUCUUAAACUGGUGAAGAAUGAGUACGAGAAAUCACUUGGAAACGAGAGAACAUUCAGAAAGGCACUCAAGAACUAUAUUCCCCCGGUCACCUGCCCACCAAGGAAGCAAUAUAUGGUUGAGAUUCCAUCAAACUUUGCAAAUCUAAGAACGCCAGACCAAAACUGCACAAUACGAGCCCAAAACUUCUACUUUCCUUGCAGUGACAUGCCGAUACUUUACAUUAUCUUGACCCCUUCAAUCUUUUUAUUAAUUGUUUUCAUCGUUCUGGCCUUCUUUAAUUCCAUCAAGAUGAAUACCUUGGAAUACAGGCCUUUACAUAAACCGGAGCCGAUAUGGCGAAGGAUAUUUCGAAGAGGAAAACCAAGGGCAGAGCGAUAUGUGAUGCAGCCUUUGUGACAAGAUUAUUAGAUUCAAUGAAUACACAUGUUCAGGCAACAUUCCCCCAUAUACUUAAACUACCUUUUGGCAGUGAUAAUCAGAAAUUAGAUAAGUACACAAAACAUGGUCAUCGUAAUGAAGAAACAACGGAGGAGAAAGCUAAAAAUCUCACAACAUGAAUACAUUUUAAUCAUCUGGAGAUUACGUAAAAUGAUCGUGAUCUCCUCUUUCAGCCAUACCUACUACAUUAUUCAUUAGCUUCAUCAUUUAGUUCUCAAUUUCUAUAAUUUUUGCUUGCUCGGUAAUACAAAAACAUACAUAUAUGUGAAUUAAAACACUAACCGUGUGAAUUAUCUUAAAAUAAAAUAUACCUAU